CGAGUGAGUUGCUUCAUACUACUGUAUAUCAUCCACCCACAUCAGCAUCAUCGACCUUACCACUCGCAAUCUCAGAUCGAGUUCAGUGAAUACAAGACAGGACUCCCUAGACAACUCGAGGUAUCUUCUAUCAUGUUCUCAACCAACCGCAACCCACUUCAGCUCCUUUUCAUCCCCGUCCUCCUGAUCGUCAUCCUUUUCUUCACCUUGACCACGAACAAAGGCACCUACCCGCCCCCCGUCAAGCAGCACGACGAGCUCUCGAUUCCUUCGGACGCCGAGGACUGGGAGUUCGAUGGAGCUCUGAAGAAGAUUCAACAGGAUGCAAACGGGAUGGGCCAGGUGGAGAUUGACGUGGAGCAGGAGCAGAAAGCGGGGCGGAAGAGUAGGAAGGUUCAGCUGGACCUGACCGUAAUGAGCCGAUGCCCUGAUGCCAGGAUCUGUGAAUCUACGAUUGACAAGGUCCUCUCCGAACCUAGUGUUAUGAACAAGGUCAAUCUCACGUUGAACUAUAUCGGAAAACCUUCCAAGCAAGCCAAGUUCGGCGUCCAAUGCAUGCACGGCGACGUCGAAUGCCGAGGAAACAUCCACCAACUCUGCGUGCAAUCCACCAUCCCUGCCGUACACACUACCACCUCGCCUUCUCACAACUCGGACGGGCUCGCCCUGCAUACCAACUUCCCGGUCAUGUCCUUUGUCUCGGCUCAAAACUACUAUGACCCCCGAAAGAUCGGACAAGAGGAUUACGCCAAGGAUAACCUAAAGGCGGUCGGGUAUGACUGGGAAGAAUCGGGUGUGGGAAAGUGCGUGGAGGAAGAGGGGAAGAGGUUGUUGGAGGACAGCGUGGUCAGGACGAGGGACGUCUUGAAAUCUAGCAAGAGCUGCACGAUCUUGAUCGAGGGUGAGCAGCGGUGUGUGCAUGAUGGGUCUUGGUACGAUUGCGAUGACGGACAUGAGGUUGGUGAUUUCGUCAGGAGCAUCGAGAAGGCUUGGAAGAAGCUUCAAGACUGAGUACAAGGCACAGGAACAACGACAUUGUAGCAUAUCACCCGUGUAUACUAUUCGAAGAUGAAGUCCCGUGUCCGAGUA